AUGUCUGGUGUGGUUGGUACAGCCUGUGGCGGGAAACGAUUGUUGGCACCGGACGACCAAACGGGUCUGGUUACACUCGGGCGAGAUGGUGCAGUGCUGGACGACACGGCGAUCGAAAGCGACUCCGACGAACCUGUCGCGAAGUUCCAGGAGCUCGUCGAGUGGAUGCAAGCCAUGAAGGCACAGGGCAUCCUGCCUGCCGAGUUGUUGCGUAAGAAAGCCAAAAAGGGCAGCAUGGCAGAGACGAGUAACAACGGUGGAACAGCUAUUCCUACCCCUGCUCCGCCAGUCACUGCGGCUGCUACUCUUCCUUCCGUAACAGAAAUUUUACCCUCGGCCCUUAAUCUGACUGGGCCGUUAGAAGACGCAGCAGAAGGCGCCACGGAGGCCGUGGAGCAUCUUAACGCUCACGGCCUCCCAGUUAUCUCUCGGGCUCGCACAGAAGUUGCUUCGGUGAGAACACAAGCAGAGCUUCGUCUUCGUGCUGAGAAUGAAGACCUGCAAUCCACGCUCAAGCUGACACAAGAGCGCGCACUCGACCUCCAAAUCGCCCUGGACGAUAAGGAGGCUGCAUACGUAGCGCUCAAUCUGCGCUACGACGAGUUGUCCGCUCUGGUCGUUGCACUUCGGCAGCAAAUCAUCAACAACGGCGAGGAGCAAAGGCAAACCCUGAACUUGGCGCUGAUCCCGUCUUUCGACUUGCAGCAGUUACCACGUGGCCAGAACGGCAGCAUCUUGAAAAAGGCGCUCGAGGCUUUCACGUUCAUGACGACCGCCGCGCUUGCGUGGAGGAUGAAGUUCUACCCUCUGUGGCCCGAGCUGAGAGAAAUGAUGGCAGAGAAGUACGCGGAAGCUGGCGUGGGGAAGGACAUAUUCUACUAUGUCAUCUGCAUGUUCCUUGGAAAGGAAAACCUGGCCAUGCGCAAGGCGUCAGAGCGGCGGAGCAAUUACAACGGCGACAUCAAGACUUACGGGCGCGGCCCGGGCGGGUGCGUCCCGGAGAGUAAAUGGAAGGAGUUGGCGGACGAAGGAGUGGCGCCGCAGUGCAGCAGGUCCCCUUCGGAGUGGACCCUGUUCUACCUUCAUGCACGCUUUGGUUCCAACUGGCACUUCAACGCUGCAACGUGUAGGCCGUUUGCCAAUCGGGCAUUCGAACUCGUCCUGCUGCGCGGUUUUGGGAGCAAGAAGGCGACAACGAUCAUGGUGAAGUUCCCUGCAGUUGGCUACGCCUUGAAUGUGGUGGAAUGGCCUCUGGCAAAUGCCAGAGGGCGAGUGAACCCUGCACUCGACGGUUCCGAGACCGUGAACCAGCAGAAUGUCGAGGUGAAGAUCGGGCACCUGGUCACCUGGAUUAGGGAGACAUACGAGAACGGAGACACCGCGAUCUGGGACCCGGUUGCUUCUGCUGGCUUCAGGAUGUCCCCCAACGUGAAGCUAUUGAUUGAGGGUUAUGAGUCUCAGGUACCCCUUUCUGCCUACUCCUUGUCCCUGCUUCCCCCCAUCCCCUUCCCUGCUUCCCCCCAUCCCCUUCCCUGCUUCCCCCCAUCCCCUUCCCUGCUUACCCCCAUCCCCUUCCCUGCUUCCCCCCAUCCCGUUCCCUGCUUCCCCCCAUCCCCUUCCCUGCUUCCCCCAAUCCCCUUCCCUGCUUCCCCCCAUCCCCUUCCCUGCUUCCCCCCAUUCCCUUCUCUGCUUCCCCCCAUCCCCUUCCCUACUUCCCCCCAUUCCCUACCCUGUUUCCCCAUGUCCCCUUCUCUGCUUCCCCCCAUCCCCUUCUCUGCUUCCCCCCAUCCCGUUCCCUGCUUCCCCCAGUCCCCUUCCCUUGCUUCCCCCCAUCCCGUUCCCUGCUUCCCCCCAUCCCGUUCCCUGCUUCCCCCAAUCCCCCUCCCCUGCUUCCCCCAAUCCCCUUCUCUGCUUCCCCCCAUCCCCUUCCCUGCUUCCCCCCAUUCCCUACCCUGUUUCCCCGUAUCCCCUUCCCUGCUUCCCCCCAUCCCCUUCUCUGCUUCCCCCCAUCCCGUUCCCUGCUUCCCCCAAUCCCCUUCCCUUGCUUCCCCCCAUCCCGUUCCCUGCUUCCCCCCAUCCCCUUCUCUGCUUCCCCCCAUCCCCUUCUCUGCUUCCCCCCAUCCGCGCGCAGGUGUGACAGAAGGUGCAUGUGGCGUGGAGCAUGUUGGAGGAGCGACGGUGCAUCCCCUGCAAUGCUUCCCCCCAUCCCCUUCCCUACUCCCCCACAUUCCUUCCCUCACUCACUCAUUCCUUCCCACCCUCACUCAUUUUUCCCCACCCUCUCUCAUUUCUCCCCAUCCUCUCUCAUUUCUCCCCACCCUCUCUCAUUUCUCCCCACCCUCUCUCAUUUCUCCCCACCCCCUCUCAUUUCUCCCCACCCUCUCUCAUUCGUUCCCAUCCUUUCUCAUGCAACUCACCCCCCACCUUCCUCAUAACAUAUUACCUGCCUUCUCCCCCAGACUCCACCCACCUGCCCUCCCCAUCCCUGCCUUUCCCUCCCUGCCCUGUCCUUCCCCUUCCCCAUCCCUUCCUUUUCAUGCCCUCCCCUUCCCCCUCACUCCUCACCAGCUGCCCUGUUGUUCCCGUGCGUGUGCACCCAUCUAUUUCCCCAUACAUGCUUUCAUCAUUCCCCAUGUCCCCUUCCCGUUACUACCCCAUGUCCCCCUCCCUGCUUCCCCAUGUCCCCUUCCCUGCUUCCCCCCAUCCCCUUCCCUGCUUCCACAACUCCCCUUCCCCGCCUCCCCCCGUCCCCUUCCCUGCUUCCCCGUGUCCCUUUCCUUGCUUCCCCCCAUCCCCUUCCCUUCUGGUGCCCCAUCCCUUUACAUGCUUCCCCCCAUCCUCUUCCCUUCCCCCCAUCCCCUUCCCUGCUUCCCCAUGUCCCCUUCCUUGCUUCCCCCCAUCCCCUUCCCAACUUCCCCGUGUUCCCUUCCCUGCUUCCCCAUGUCCCGUUCCCUGCUUCCCCCCAUCCCCUUCCCUGCUUCCCCAUGUCCCUUUCCCUGCUUCCCCCCAUCCCCUCCCCUGCUUCCCCGUGCUCCCUUCCACGGCACUCACACGCACCACUUGUCUGCUCUUCAUAUUCUCCCUCAGUUUCCUCCUCACAUGUGUUGCGGAACCCUGUGCGGAGUGGCAUGGGAGGAAGGUGCAAGAAGGCAAGCACAGAGUGAAGAGGCCGCGGCAUGA